AUGGCGGACCGGGAGAGCGAGGCUGCACGGAUACUCAACCCAGCAGCAUCGGCGUACGACGUGCUGGGUGUUCCGCCGAAUGCGACCCAUGGGCAGAUAGCGGCACGGCACAGAGAGCUGCAGCUCCACUGGCAUCCAGACAGGCAUCCAGACAGGCCCGAUCGGGCAACGCAGAUCUUUCAGAAGAUCGAGCAGGCCUGGGACACGCUUCAGGAGCCAUCUCGCCGCGCUAAUUACGAUCAGGAGCUGCGCCGUCAGGCUGUGUUGAGCCAGGACGCAUUCGCUGGCGAGGGCAGCAUCGGUGCGACGUUGCGGAGCGGUGCUUACGGCCGUAUCUUGGAGGCGAUGGAGGAACUUCCACGAGGCUUGGCCGACGACCUGUUGCUCCCCCAGAUCGUGGUUGUCGGGUCUGAGAGUGCCGGCAAAAGCUCCCUGAUGGAGCGCAUCGCCAUGCAAGCGUUUUUUCCUCGCGCGGAGGGAUUCUGCACGCGCAUGGCGAUACGGUUAAAGAUGAUGCACCGGCCCCACGAGAGCCGAGUCAUGAUUCGCU